AUGGGUUGGUUAAUAGAAGGUUUGGUCGCUAUUUGUACUGCGUCGUUGGUUGUUGGCAGUAAUGGGGCGAAGGAUAGACAAAACGCAGGAUCAUCAGAUACCCUCGAUGCGAACAGAAGAAUCCCAGUAUUGCCGCGUCAAGGACUGCCUUUUCAUAAUGUUACUAGGGUGUCGGAAACACCGAGCGAUACUUCACGCGCGUCGACCACAUACACUACUUCCGUCGUCUUUGCGUCAACUAAGACGGAGUCUUCUUCGAUAUCGAUAUUCGGAGAAUACACUUUUCCUUCUACGCUCUCGCCCUCAGAACCAAUAUCGAGUACACUGUCUAGAACGAGCAGCAAUGCACCUUCAACAUCAUCUACCCCAUACAUCUCAGGGACAAUAUUACAAAGCGUCACGAAAGGAGAGAGCACACCUUCAACCACUUCCAUACCUAUCGUAAUUUCAUCGCUUGUACCGCAAGCUGAAUACAUAUCUCCGGCUUUAGCUGAGAUCCGAUCGUCGACCACUCAACUGCCAGUAACUACGACCGACCUAUUCGAUAUGGUACUGAGUAGUCCUUCUCACACUUCAAGUUCGAGCCGUUUAGUAAAUGUCACGGUGGCUAGUGUUACAACUAGUUGUACAUCUCUAACUCUUAGCUCAACACCACCAACGCUUCCUAUCGCUUCGAGAAGCACUACAAGGCUUCCAUUACAUGCAGUGUCCGACUUGUUCAACUGGUUAUCUCCAGCAUCUUCCACAAUUUUCACUGGUAACGACCGAGGCAGCUCAUCUACUGCAGCAACAACAAGCAUACCGACCAUCAUCAUCUCUCAAGAAUCAGCUUUGCCUUCUUCAGAGAUCUCGAUAAACUUCUCUACAUCACCAACUAUGGUACUCCACAACACGAAAACUGUGUCUCUUCCUUCUGCUAUCAGUUACGAGACGAGUGUGGUCAACAUUGAUUGGAUAUCACUCAUCUUCACCCGGCCCAACCCCCAAACCAUUACCCCGACAAGUUCUGUUAUGCCAGCAAGAUCUACCACUUCAAUAUCUUCUAGCGUCUUUUUGAACGGCAACUUUUCAGGUGCCGUAACCACUGCAAACCCGGCCGUACCAACUCGGUCAUUCGUUUUGGAUAUAUCAAGUCCAACCACUGUUCCAUUUCCAGGAAACAAAACUUUUUGCUCAGGAAUUUCCUUUGCCUUUGUUUUUAGUACAGGAAGUCCCGCGAGCAGAACCAGAAGCAGUACAUAUACCCAGACGAUGCGGACGAGUUUACAGCCUCCGUCUAUGUCAGAACGAUUCACGCUCACUUCUCUAAUACCCACAACUACUCAAUCCUCAGCAUCUACAGUUGUUACAGGGACAUCAGCCGGACAAUUGUCAUCAAACAUGAUCUCCCCGCUACAACCGGCAACUACUCGAGAAACAGGUGCUACUUCUUCGGUUACACUUUUACCAUUUCCCGCCAUCUCUUUAGCUUUCACCAGCUCGAGGAAUGCUUCUAUAUCUAGAACCAUUCAAGCAAGUCACACUUUUAGUAAACCAAUUCUUCCGACUAGAGUAGGAAGCAGCUCCAGCACAAGCACUACCGGUAGCUUGCACACGAGCAGGAUAUCUAAUUUACGUUUUUCAUCCAUCAGCAGAACAGCGGUUCCCUCCACCUCCGUGACACCUAGCAGCUUCGUGACGAAGACAAAGACACGAAAUUCUGAGCUACCAUCACAAACGAUAUCGGAAACAGAUGGUAUUAGGGAAACCAUGAAGGGGCAGAGCACAACUCUUCCUCCUACGAGUAGCGCCACUGAGACAGAGGCCGCAGCAGCUCCGCCUCCACUAAAGCCAUCUGAGACUGCCGGGGUAGUGGUUGGCAGCACAGCUGGAGUUCUCCUAGCAAUCGUCGCUGCGAUCUUCGUCGUCCGCCGCUAUCAUGCACUGAAACACAACGAUGAAUCCGGACCAUACCCUGAAAUGGCCUACCUAUACGACCCUUUCCCCGACAAUUCUGAACGUGACAGCAACGCCAACGAGACUUCAACUCUCAUAUCGGGAAGCGCAGGUAUCAAACCAUCUGCAUCAAGCAGAAGCAGACCACUCCAUCGAGCCCCCCACAACUCUCUCGACGACGAGUACCACCACAUGCACAACACCAACUCCCUCCGCUACAGCGACCCCGGCAACCCCUUCACCAACCCCACCGACCCCUUCCUCGACUGGCGAAGCAGCCGCGUAAUCAGUACCUCAACCACCACCGCCCCCGCCCUCGCCGCCGCCGUAAAAACCUACAGCAAAGGCCCACAGAAACCUCUCCCCCCACUCCCACUCUCUCGCACCCGCUGUACCCUAGCCGACCACAUCAUUCCCUCCCCAACACUAAGCCCCCUCCCCCCCCUCGACUGCAACCUCCACCGCACCCCCGCAAUCUCCGCUCGGAACAGCGUGAAAAGCCAACGCUCCCUUCGACGCUUGAACUGUCUAGAUCGCGCAUCGCGAUCUUAUACACCUCUUCCGCAACAUACGAAGGACUCUAGUUGGAAUCGCACAUCGACACACGACCUCCCCCUUCCCGUAGACAUGCGAUCAGAAACCCCGGAUUCAAUCACGCUAUAUGCUAAUCCGUCAUCUUGCCAUCUUCUUCCCACCGUUUUCUCGUACACGUCGUCUCCGAAUGCUUCGUCAGAGAGAACGGCGGUGUCGGCGGAGACGAGUCUAAAGGUGGGUGAGACGCCGCGGUCUUUGCUGGCUUCGUUGGUAGAUAGUAGUGGUGUGGGGGAUGGGGAGGAGGUGGCGUAUGAGGAUUUUCCUUCGCCUCCAGAGACUGAGUCUCGUUGCUGGCAGAAAAGAAGGGGGGGAUGUAGCGGAUGUAGCGGAUGA